AUGCCCCUCCCCUCCCGCCUGCUCGGCACCCACGGCCCCCAGGUCUCAGCAAUCGGCUACGGGAUGAUGGGCCUAAGCGCCUUCUACGGCCCCCGCCUCCCGGACAGCCAACGCCUCGCAUUCCUGGAUAAACUCUACGCCUCCGGCCAACGCUUCUGGGACACCUCGGACAUCUACGGGGACAGCGAGGAUCUACUGGGGACGUGGUUUAGCGCGAACCCCGAGAAGAGGGGCGACGUUAUCCUCGCGACGAAGUUUGGGAAUCUGGGGGCCGGCGUUGCGAAGACGGACCCGGAGUAUGUGGGUCAGGCGUGUGAGAAGAGUCUAAGCAGGUUGAAGACCAGUUAUAUUGAUUUGUAUUAUGUGCAUCGGGUGGAUCCGAAUGUGCCGAUUGAGGCGACUGUUAGGGCUAUGGAGGAGUUGAGAAAACAAGGCAAAAUCCGCUCCCUAGGCCUCUCCGAAGUCUCCGCCACAACCCUCCGCCGCGCGCACACCGUAUCUCCAAUCGCCGCCGUUCAAGUCGAAUAUAGCCCCUUUGCAUUGGAAAUCGAGUCCCUCCAGACAAGCCUCCUCGCCACAUGCAAAGAGCUCGGCGUCGCGGUCGUCGCCUACUCCCCACUCGGCCGGGGGUUCUUAACAGGCGCGCUAAAGAGCAUCGACGACCUGGACCCCGACGACUUUCGUCGCAAGGUUCCCCGAUACUUUCCGGAGAAUUUUAGUAGGAAUAUUGUGCUUGUGAAGGAACUUGCAAGGGUCGCGGAGAGGAAGGGGUGCUCGACAGCGCAGUUGGUUCUGGCGUGGUUGUUGGCGCAGUGGGAGAUGGUUAUUCCGAUUCCUGGGACGACGAGGUGGGAGAAUUAUGAGGAGAAUAUGGGGGCUUUGGAUGUGCAGCUUAGCGAGGAUGAGGUGCAGGAGAUUCGGGGGGUGAUUGAGAGGGCCGAGGUUGUUGGGGCGCGGUUCCCGGAGGCCUGGACGAAGCAUUUGUUUGUGGAUACUGUGCCUCUUGAGGAAUGA